AUGAAGCCCAAGCGUAUGGAAUGGUUAUUGUCGGAUUUACGGAGUUUUGAAAAUCCGAACAUCAAGUUGGAACAGUACGCUACUUCUCCCGAACUAGCCAUUGCAAUUGUGGAUAGUAUUGACCGCCUCGUUGGACUUGACGGAAAAUUUGUUGCUGAUCUCGGUUGUGGAUGUGGAAUGCUAAUGUCAGCUGUUGCACUUGCACAUCAACCAACUGCCGUAGUAGGAGUCGAUAUAGAUGAAUAUGCACUUUCAAUCUGUAAAGGGAACCUCGAAGAACUCGGAGUGGAAUCCUGCUGUGAUCUUAUAAAGGCUGAUGUACUUCAAAUACCAAGUGCUCUUCAUGGUCACUUUGAUGUUGUUAUUAUGAACCCUCCAUUUGGGACCAAAAAGAACGAAGGUAUGGAUAUGCAAUUUGUUCGAGCCGGUCUUAUGAUGCUAUUGCCUGGUGGUAGUCUGUUUUCAUUACAUAAAACUUCUACACGAGAUUACAUCCUUAAAACAGCCAAUAAAUGGGAUGAUGCAAAUGCACGUUGUGUAGCAGAGUUACGAUGGAAUCUCGAGAGCACUUACAAGUUCCACAAGAAGAAAUCUAUAGAUAUUGCAGUUGAUUUGAUACAUUACAGAAAAGUAUAA